AUGCGUAUUUCCUCGUCUGCUCUCGCUCCUUUAAGAGCGACAGUCGUUGCAGCACAAAAUGCUACUGUCUCUUCCUCAAUACCACAAGCUACCUUGGAAUACUGUACCGUUCAAGCUGCUGCUGCAAAUCUCUCGGCUGUUGAGACUGAGGUGAACGAUGGUACACUUGCCACAUCAAAUGUUGCAUGCACGACCGCUGAGGAUUGCUUGUUCAUGGACAUCUAUGUACCAGCCAAUGCUAAGGGAAAGGAGCUUCCUGUUUUAGCUGGAGCACACAAAUCUCACACUGCGCCCGAAGGUCUCUAUGAUCUCAGCAAAGACUUCAUCUUUGUCACCUACAACUACCGAGAUGGCAUUGCCGGUGUUGCUAACGGACCAACCUCCACUCACGAAGGAGGCGCCACUAAUGCUGCCACUCGCAAGUACAUCAGUGUUUUUGGAGGUGAUCCAGAUAAUAUCCUUUCUCGGCUGGUUUCCUCGCAAACGCUUGAUCAGAUCUUCCGUUUUGGAGGCAACGCUGAGCAGCUAUUUGCUCGCGCGUACCUCAAUUUGCCAGGCAAAGUCCCUGGUUCUGGUCACCAGCAAGUCGAGGCCUUUUGGCAAAAUAUCUCGACUACUGUCGGUUGUAAUGGUUGUGGUUUAGAUUGCAUGCGUACAGUACAGUCAAUUACACAGCUUUCAACGCCGCCGUCACCGAUGUUAUAUCUUUAUACUCAUACACAUUACAACUCGAACGAAGCGGAAUUCUACGCUGGUCACUACAAUUGGACCGGACCAUUGGUCAUCACCCACGAGCUUCACGAGAAGAAUAGCGACGUUACAAGCGGUAUCAAUAGCACCGCUGAUGUUGCCGACAAAAUACGCAUGUACUUCCUCGUCAUCACUGACACUAUCAUCAACGAAAUCCUCGCUCUCUAUCCCAAAAGUGACUACACCUCUCCCGGACUUCGCUUCUCAGACAUAGAGCAAAGCUUCGAAUUGACCUCGCACAACUUGGCUUUGACCCCCGGUCUUUACAACCAGACUUGGAAUGCAAUGGCUACAUUAGGCCCAGCUACUCACAGUACUGAUUACCGCGCGGAUUAUGCAAAGUGUCUUUUGUCUUUUGCAUUGACUGGUAAUCCUAAUACCCUUUGGCCAAAUGUCAAAAUGGAAUGGCCUUUAUAUAACACCAGUACCGAUGGUGUGGAAAUUGUUUUCAAUACAAGUAUGUACUUGCAAGCGGAUUCUUUAGUCAACGUCAAACCUCGAUUCUGA